AAGUGGAUCCUAAGAAAAAUUAACCACUUUCUAAAAUCCUAUAUUGAGAAACUUUGCACAAUGACAUUAAACAACAAUUACUCCCUAACGGUUAUUUUUUAAUUAGUAUGUUUGGUUUGACAAAGUCAUCAUUUAUUCUCCUAACAAUGGCCUUUUGAAGAACAAUGAAACUUUUGAAGCCAAAACUCAUAGGAUCAUUUUGAUUUUGAAGGGCCAAGAGGUUUGAAUUAAAAACAUUUAAAUUUUCAUAACCAACUUAUGAGUGUCCAAUUGUUACCUUAAUCUAACAUAGCUUAAUGUCUACAUGCUAUAAGGUAUUGAUUUUGAAAAGCUAAUGCAAGAACUUUGCAAUAUUUUAAAUGUGGGUUUGGUCAAAUCAAAUAUUUAAGUGUGGAAAAUGAGUUUCUUUUCAUGUUGUACAUCACCACAAGAGAAGAACAACAAGAACUCAUCGAAGAAGAACAUCAAGAACAAUCGUGACAUUUGUUUUAAAUCUGAUAGUGGCAAAAGGAAGUACUUAGAGGAAGAAGUCACAAAACCUGGAAAUGGAAAUAUUACUUCUAAGAUAUUUUCUUACCAUGAGCUAUGUGUUGCAACUAAGAAUUUUCACAACAGCAACAUGGUUGGUGAAGGAGGAUUUGGGAGAGUAUACAAAGGACGCAUUAAAAGCCUAGACAAUAAGGUUGUUGCUGUAAAGAAACUUAAUAGAGAUGGAUUUCAAGGAAGCAGGGAAUUUCUUGCAGAGGUUUUGAUUUUGAGUUUCUUGCAUCACUCUAACCUUGUCAAUUUAGUAGGGUAUUGUUCUGAAGGUGAUCAAAGGAUUUUGGUAUAUGAGUACAUGAUCAAUGGUUCUUUAGAAGAUCACCUUUUUGAGUUACCUUCUGGGGGAAAGCCUUUGGACUGGAAUACUAGAAUGAAAAUUGCAGAAGGUGCUGCAAAAGGACUUGAAUACUUACAUGCAGAAGCAAAUCCACCGGUGAUAUAUCGCGAUUUCAAAGCAGCAAACAUACUAUUAGACGAAAAUUUCAAUCCAAAACUAUCUGAUUUUGGCCUUGCAAAGCUUGGCCCGACAGGCGAUAAAACGCAUGUGUCGACUAGAGUGAUGGGAACUUAUGGCUAUUGUGCACCUGAGUAUGCUUCAACAGGUAAAUUGACUACAAGGUCAGAUGUUUAUAGCUUUGGAGUAGUGUUUUUAGAGAUGAUCACAGGGAGAAGAGUGCUUGAUUAUUCAAGACCAUCUGAAGAGCAAAACUUAGUCACUUGGGCAUUACCACUACUAAAAAACAAAAGAAAAUAUACAUCAAUAGUUGAUCCAUUGUUAAAAGGAAACUACCCAAUGAGGGGUUUAUUCCAAGCACUAGCAAUUGCAGCAAUGUGUCUAUUGGAGGAUGGUAGUGCUCGACCUUUGAUUGGUGAUGUAGUUACAGCUCUUGGAGUUUUAUCAAAGAGACAUGUACAAGUUGGUAAACAAAAACAUUCAAAUGAAACUUGUGAUGAGCAUGGAGAAUGCAGUUGACAAAUGAUCAUAUGAAAGAUUAGAGGUCCUAUAAGUUUUGUGAAUCAUUCUAUCACAUUUCAUUGUGUUGCCACUAGGUGUCAUUGUGAAGAUCAAGACAAUUACCAUAUUUUUUCAUGUUCAAUGUUUAUUUUUUUAGUAGUAGUAGUAUUAGACUUUGAUAAUAGAAAUAAUUAAGAUUGAUAUUUAGUUUAUAAUUGCGUAUUCUGAGGUUCUUCAAUAAAACUUCUUACAAUA